AUGCGCAUCUUCCCCCACCAGGGCCAAAGGCUGACACUUGUAGAGCGAGGAGAAGAGGAAGAGGAAGAGCAGCAGCAACUCGACGCCACCAACUACCAAUUGACCCAGGAGAACGUCGAUGAGUGGAAGGUGCGGUGCACGAGGACCUUAUUCGGGAGCGAGGCGGUCGCUCAGCCGCUGGUCAUGUGCCACGGCCGCCCGGUGUGCUUCGCGUGCGCCGCAACAUGCCACAUGAAUGCCAUCAGCGGCUGGAUGAGCGAGGCUUCUCCGCUUCAGUGCAGCUGCGCUGCCGACCCCGCCAGACAGUGCCUGCUUGCUUUGGGUAGUGCAGUGAAGCCGGUAGGAGGCAAAUUGAGGGAGGCGAUGCUCACAUCGAUGCGCGACUACAAGCGCGCCCUGGUACAGCGUCUCCAACAGCGCGCUCAGGCUGGUGGCUUCCAGGCCGAGAGCGCGCAGAUCCGAGGCCGGCUCGACGCCACCGCGGCGCAGAUGCGGCAGUACGAGGACCCGCUGCUACAGGCGCGCUGUCUGUCCUUCCUCCCUUGCGUCGAGCUCGAGCGCAGAGCGAGAGAUCGAGAACCGGAGGAGGGUUGGGCCAGGAGAGAGGCCUUGUUCAUCGAGCUGCUGCGGUGGUUCAAGGCCGACUUCUUCUCGUGGGUGGACAAGCCCAGCUGCUCGUUUUGUGGGGCCCCGACGAAUUCCAUCGGCGUCACCGAGAGCUCGCCCGACGAAGCGCGGUGGCUGGCGAAUCGCACCGAAGUGUAUGCCUGUACUCUCUGUGGGACGGUCGUCCGCUUCCCGCGCUACAAUCACGCUGAUAAGCUUCUGGAGACGCGCCGAGGGCGCUGCGGUGAGUGGGCUCAAUGCUUCGCGCUGUGCUGCCGGGCCAUGGGCUACCCUACGCGCAUGGUCAUCGACUGGACCGACCACGUGUGGGUCGAAGUGUAUUCGCACAACCAAGAGAGAUGGGUGCACGCCGACCCCUGCGAGUCUGCCUACGACAAACCUUUGCUGUAUGAGGCCGGCUGGGGAAAGAAGCUGAGCUACGUGGUGGCCAUCUCCAAGGACGAGGCCAUCGACGUCAUCCACCGCUACACGCGCCAAUGGGACCAAGUCCUGUCGCGCAGAACGCUGGUGCCUGAGGACGUGUUUGCUCAGGUCGUGGACUGGUUAGACAGGCAACUCAGACAACGCGCGCAGUUGGACACCGCCGCAACAGCGGACUGGACGGGCAGAAGGGCCGCUGAAUCACAGGAGCUCGCGAACAGUCAGCGGGAGCGCGAGGUGAGCGCUGAAGAAGCCAUUGGUCGCACAUCGGGUUCGCAGGAAUGGAGAGAGGCACGACGGGAGAUGGGCUGCAUGACUGAGCCGCAGCAGUCUCCGGUGCCGGCCUCGUAUGCGGAGGUGUUCAACUAUCAGGCGUUUGGCGGCACCAACGUCCAGCAGCUGUCGCUUGUGGGUUCGGCGCGCAUCCACCAAUCCGAGCACGUUGCCUGGCUCACACCGGACCAGAACGACCAAUUGGGCGCCCUCUGGCACUCUGUCCGGCAGCCGCUUAACGCCGAGUUCUUCACAAGCUUCCGCUUUCAGAUACGGAGAGGCAACGGCGGUCAAGGCGCGGACGGCUUCGCCUUUGUGGUGCAGGCUGUAGAUGAGCACGCCAUUGGCGUGGGUGGCUGCGAGCUCGGCUAUGGCGGACUGCCCAAUUCGCUGGCAAUCGAGUUUGACACCUACGAGAGCGCGGACCGCUGCGACGAUCCCAACGACAACCACAUCAGCCUGCACACGCGCGGCCCGCUGCCCAACUCGGCGCACCACCGCCACUCGCUCGGCUGCGCGCGCCGCAUCCCGCGACUCGCCGACGGCCGGCCGCACGACGUGGCCGUCCACUACCGCCGCCGCGAGGGCCGGCUCGACGUGUUCGUCGACGACGGCGCCGCGGCCGCGCUCAGCGUCCAGGUGGGCGACCUGGCCGCGCGGCUGGGCGGCAGUCCCACGGCCUGGCUGGGCUUCACGGCGGCCACUGGCGGCCUCAGCCAGGCCCACGGCAUCCUCUCGUGGAGUCUCCACCGCCCGAGUUUGUCUGACGACGCACCAUGA